AUGGAUUCAUUUGAUAAUGUUUGGUCAUCCGAAAAAGCCCUCAAGAAAUUGGAAGCGACUGGUAUCCUCGAAGUGUACUUUCGAUGUUUGCCUGCGAUGCAACAACUCGAUCAUAGAGUCAUGGAUAUACUCAUCGAGAUUCAGUAUUGUCCUAUCCUUUUGAACAAAAAGUGCAAGAGAGGGUCACCUUGUGGAGAGGCUCUGUGGGCAAUUCUAGAAGGGAACGAUGGUAGGCCAGAUCUUAUCAAGAAAAUGCAAAGGAUUCACAAGUUUGUGGAAUUGUCAGUCGUCGAUCCUUUCCGCGUAAGACACGCGACAUGCGGUUGCUGCGGCAUUGGUGAUACAUCCGCAGCCUUUCAAAAGUCGUUGAUGAAAUGCAGCCGUUGCAAAACCGCUCUAUAUUGCUCCAAAGUAUGUCAACGAUCUCACUGGUCAGAACACAAACUGGUUUGCAUUCCCAUUGCCGAGGCUAACGAGGACCACAAGAACGCAAGCGAAACGAUCUCUGAGAAUUGGAUGAUCAAGAACUACUCAAAAGUGAUGGUUCAGAUGAUUGUGGAAUGUCAGAAGACGGGCCUGAAGAUGAAAGAUAUGGUGUUGGAGCUUGACUUUAUGGAAAACAAGGACGGAAUCAUUCCUGCCGUGGAAGAUCCAGCUAUUUUCAAGAUUGCACCAAUUCGAACUUAUAUCGAAGGGUCUCGGCCAGAUGAACUCGAUUGGUAUGGGAAAAAAGAGAACCAAGAGACCUACGAGCAAAGAAUGAAGAGCACCAUUUCGUCCUUGACACCAGACAAACAAACUACCAAAGAAUCUGCUGCUGUCCUUAUUCGUUAUGCUCGUCGUGUAACUUGCCUCAAUCACGAUGACAACCUCACAGAGGAGGCUCUUGGUGACUAUCGGGAUGCUCUACAGGGAUGUUUUGAUCAAGUGGGCGAAUCUUACGAUGCUGACGGUGACGGCGGCUCAGAUGAAGGUGGAUAUUACUCUGAUGAUGAUGAUGAUGAUGCAUACGUCUAUGGAAAUUCCAUGGAGGAAAUAUUGCUCAAGUGUCUAUCAAACCCAAGUUCGAAUGUGUCAGCAGGUGCUGCAUUUGCCUACAAUUAA